UCCUCAAGCCCUCUCCCUCCCUCCCACCGCACUCUCCUUCCCUUCUCCUCCUCCCAGACAGACCCUGCCCUUUCCUUUCCUUUCCCUUCCUUCUGCUUUCCGUGGCUCCUCCGUGCGCCGUUUCGGAGUCCAGGGCCGGACGGUGGAGUCGUACGACGGCCGGGCCUGCGAUGCUGACGCCCCGGUUCCACUUCUGCAUUCCUGCUCUUCCCGCAGCUGGGAUUUCAUGUUCCCCGUCGGCCUGAAUGUCCGCGCCCAUGGCCAAGCGUGAGAGCGGCAGCGCCAGCCCGGUGGUGAGGCAGAUCGACAAACAGUUCCUGGUGUGCAGCAUCUGCCUGGACCGCUACCACAAUCCCAAAGUGCUGCCCUGCCUGCACACCUUCUGCGAGAGAUGUCUCCAGAACUACAUCCCCCCGCAGUCUCUGACGCUGUCGUGUCCGGUGUGCCGGCAGACGUCCAUCCUGCCCGAGAAGGGCGUGGCCGCCCUGCAGAACAACUUCUUCAUCACCAACCUGAUGGAGGUUCUGCAGCGAGACCCCGAAUGCAGCCGACCCGAGGCCUGCAACGUCCUCGAGUCGGCCAGCGCCGCCACGGCUUGCCAGCCCCUCUCCUGCCCCAACCACGAGGGCAAGGUGAUGGAGUUCUACUGCGAGUCGUGUGAGACGGCCAUGUGUCUGGAGUGCACAGAAGGCGAGCACAGGGAGCACGUGACGGUGCCUCUGAGGGACGUUCUGGAACAACACAAGUCGGCGCUCAAAAACCAGCUGGACACUGUGCGCAACCGACUGCCUCAGCUGACGGCGGCCAUCGAGCUGGUGAACGAGAUCGCCAAGCAGCUGACGGAGCGGAAGAACGGCGCCGUCACGGAAAUCAACGCCACCUUUGACGAGCUGGAGAAGGCCCUGCGUCAUCGCAAGUGCGCCCUCGUCGCCGAGGUGGAGAACAUCUGCGGCGCCAAGCAGAAGGUGCUCCAAGCCCAGCUGACGUCGCUGCUCCAGGGCAAAGAGAACAUCGAGAGCAGCUGCGACUUCACCGAGCAGGCGCUGAGCCACGGCAGCGCCACCGAGGUCCUCCUGGUCCAGAAGCAGAUGGGCGAGCGGGUCAGCGCCUUGGCGCGCUACACCUUUCCGGAGUACCCGCACGAAAACGGCCACCUGGAGUGCCAGGUGGAGACGGACGGCCUGCGCCGCUCCAUCCAGAACCUGGGCGUCCUGAUCACCACCGGCGCCGUGGGCCACACCAGCGUGGCGACCGGCGAGGGCCUGAGGCACGCGCUGGUGGGCCAGCACACCACCGUCACCGUCACCACCAAGGACAAAGACGGUGAGCUGGUGAAGACGGGCAACGCCGCCCUGAGGGCUCAGAUCGUGUCGGCCGAGGGUGUCGUCGCUGAGGCCGAGGUGGCGGACAACAAGAACGGCACCUACGAGGUGGGCUACACGGCCCGGGCCGAGGGCGAGUUCGCCUUCUCCCUUCUGCUGUACGAGCAGCCUGUACGGGGGAGCCCCUUCCGCCUGCGGGCCGUCAAGCCCUCCGACGUGCUGCAGUCACCGGACGACGUCAAGCGGCGGGUCAAGUCGCCCGGCGGCGGCGGCGGUCACGUUCGCCAGAAGGCCGUCAGGAGACCCUCCAGUAUGUACAGUGCCACCAAGAAGAAGGAAAACCCCAUCGAGGACGAGCUCAUCUACAGAGUCGGAACAAGAGGACGUGACAAAGGAGAAUUCACAAACCUCCAAGGCAUCUCCACCUCCGGCAACGGCCGCAUUGUGGUGGCCGACAGCAACAACCAGUGCAUACAGGUGUUUUCCAACGACGGGCAGUUCAAGAUGAGGUUCGGGGCCCGGGGCCGCUCGCCGGGACAGCUGCAGCGGCCCACGGGCGUCGCGGUGGACAUGAACGGCGACAUCAUCGUGGCCGACUACGACAACCGAUGGAUCAGCAUCUUCUCGUCGGACGGCAAGUUCAAGAACAAAAUCGGAGCCGGUCGUCUGAUGGGUCCAAAAGGCGUGGCGGUGGACAAGAACGGCCACAUCAUCACCGUGGACAACAAGGCCUGCUGCGUCUUCAUCUUCCAGGCCAACGGGAAGCUGGUCACAAAGUUUGGCGCCAAGGGAACGUCCGACAGACAUUUUGCAGACAACAAAUGUGGUGCCAAUGUGGCUCUGGAACAAAAGCUGACUAAAUCAGGCCCAGUAUUCAGUCCUCAUUUUGUGGCCGUCAAUAACAAGAAUGAGAUUGUGGUGACGGACUUCCACAACCAUUCAGUCAAAGUGUACAAUGCAGAUGGAGAGUUCCUGUUCAAGUUCGGCUCGCACGGAGAAGGCAACGGUCAGUUCAACGCGCCGACCGGCGUGGCCGUCGACUCCAACGGGAACAUCAUCGUGGCUGACUGGGGCAACAGUCGCAUCCAGGUUUUCGACAGCUCGGGCUCGUUCCUGUCGUACAUCAACACGACGGCGGACCCCCUGUACGGCCCCCAAGGCCUGGCGCUCACCUCGGACGGUCACGUGGCCGUGGCCGACUCGGGCAACCACUGCUUCAAGGUGUACCGAUAUCUGCAGUAGAGCCGACACGGGACUGACACGCCGCAAGUGGUUGCAAUAUUUAAAAAAAAAAAUAAUAAUAAUCACACGACAGCCAUGGCCCUCAGAGUGUGUACUUAGAAUGUUUAUUUAUUUUAGAUUUAAAAUUUUAUUUCAAUUUUGGUGACGUAGCCCCCCAAAAGGACCGCUCCGGAGGCCCAAAGCGGCUGUGUGCAUGUACAGUGCAGAACACAACAAGUACAGUAUUUAACCAGCCAGAACCUGCUCCAAACGCAUGCAACGGGAGUUGAGCUCAUCUCCGUAAAUAGCAAACACGGCGGCCAUCGACGGAUGGCACACUCAAAAGAAAAAAAAGAAAAAAUAGGUGAGAAAAUCAACCACUCCAGGUCAAACAAAAAGGAAAAGGUUGUCAUUUUAUGAGGAAAUGAAUACGUUUGGAAUAGCAAUAGAAAAUCACACGCGAAUGACAUUUUGUAAUAUUUGUAGUGUGAAGGCUUCAUGUGGCUGAAUUUCAUUGAUCAGAAACAAAUGUUAACAGAAAAGGAAAUGGCGAACAGGAAAGAAGUAAAAAUGCAAUUUUAACAAGUAUAAAUUGAUGAGGGGACGGGGAAAAAAAAACAUCUUUUUAAGACCUUUUUUAAAAUACAUUUUGGGAACUAAUUUGCAACAUUACAAAAAUAAAAACAUUGUCACUUUAAUAUUUUUUUUCUUGUAAAAAUUACCAAUUUUUUUCUUGUAAAGUUCCACAUUAUGGUUUGGAGAAUUAUAAUUUUAUGGAAAUAAAAUUUAAAAAAUUUCCUGCUCAAACCACACAAAAUGAAGAGAAAAAUCCCCAAAAAUGUAAGAUAAAAAAUUUAAAUUACAUUUCUGAUUCAUGAUUAUUAACCUGAUAUAUUUUCUUGUAAAAUUCCUGACAAUAUUGCAAAAUGAUAAACGUUUCCUGAUAAAAUAAUGACAUUUCCCCUCAUAACUGCAACUUUUAUUGUUAAAUGCUGACUUUUAUUGCUCUUUUACAAUUAUAAAAAAAAAAAUUCCUUUGGCCAAAUCGAUGAAAUGAUUUCACUUUCAGACUUCUUGUAAUAUCUUUUUCUUUUCGGUGUGCCUCGAAUAUCCCACUUCGAUAUUAUUUUCCUCCACGCGGAUGCGUCCCCAUUCGCGCUUUGAUUUGCCGAAUGUACUUAUUGUAUAUAUACAUAAAUGUAUAUUAUUGUGUACAUGAAACCACGACGAGGACGAACGCGGCACUGAAGGCAGCUGUUUUAAAAAAAUGUGUGCUUUCUUUUCAAAACGCAGCCAGCAGGCACAACGCUUGACUUAUUUAUUGCAAUUUUAAGCACCACAAUAAUCAUUUUUGUUUAUAAUUUUUUUAAUAUAUAGGAUUUAAAAAAACAAACGAUGAGGAGGGGACAGGAGGGGGAAGGGAAAUAUAAUUUAUUUUGUUUUGUACCCUUGCUAUGCUUUUAUGCAUUUUUUAAAAUAUACUUUUUUCAUUUUAGCUUUUAAAAAACAAUUCAGCAGCAAAUAAUUAGUUUUGUGCAAUUAUUCAAUAAGUCAUUAAAAUAAGUAAAUUAGUGGUUGUUGAUUGAAACUCGUGAAUUAAUUUAUUAAAUUGUGGUCAUGUGAAAAAUAUUUAGCAAAAAUGUUAUCUAUUUAAUAAAUAAUGCACCAGACAUAAAUUAAUUCAUUUAAGAAUGUAUUUCCUUUUAAAUGAGAUGAAGUGAGUCAUUGACAAUUUAUCACCCACAAUACUACAAUACAAUACUAAUUCAUAUUGAAAUGAGGUCAUUGACCAGGUUUUUAAUUUUAGUGCACAAAUGCCCACAAGUCUUAUACGUAAAAAAAAAUAAAAUUACUUACGAUGUGAUGAAUUCAUUUUCAUCAAAUUGGGGAAACAGGACCUUAAAAAUAGUGCCGUGAUACAAGAUUUAAUAAGCAAAUAAAUGCAAAGGUUUCAGAUUAUAUUUUAUGUAAAUGUAAAUUAUGUUGAUUAAAUAAUGAGCAAUUUUAGGAAUGCUAUGAUUUCAUAACAUAAAGUCUGUAUUAAUUCAACAUUUUAAAUGAAAAAUUUCAAUCACUUCCAUUUUUUUUUGGGUCUAGACAAACAUAAGAAACAAAGCUUAUUUCUUAAUUUUUGAUUUGGACGAUAAAUAAUUUUUCUAGUCAGGAUUAAUUUCAAACUACCGAUUUAAAAAAACAACAACUAUAAAAGUUUUUCAUUUUUCAUUCAGGUGCUUGUUAGAACAAAAAAAAAAAAUACACAUCUCAGGAAACACCACAUAGACGGCAACUGGCAGAUUGUUAUUAGUAUGAUUAUUAUUAUGAUUAUUAUUAAUAAAACCAUUAUGAAAUUUAUUUUUUUUGAAAAUGUGUUGCUUUAAACCUACAUUGUGUCAAAUUCCAACCAGUUUGAGUUUAGUGUACAGUCCUUGAUUUUGUUGUGCCCCUCCCCGCUUUGGCUCCCCCUGGUGGUCAUUGUGUGCCAAACCCGAACAUAUACGUUUCAUUUAUUCAAAUAAUAUUGAAGGUUUUUGAACAUUCUUGCAGCUGUUAUCUGAAUAAAAAGCAUUUCAUCAUUGCAAUACAUUUGUCUCCCUCACACACACACCACACACACACACACACACACACACACACACAACCUGCAACAAAAUGUUUGGUUUAUAAUAAAUAUGCACUGGUAAUAAAAGCACAUGGUUACGUGAACACAUGCUUUUGGGUGUGCUUUAUGCUUUUUAUUGUUUGUAUUUAUCAGUUUUUGCAUGAGGCCCUUUAACGUUGAA